UAAAUUAUUUUUGAUGCCUGUCAAAGAUGAGGGGGAUCCGGAUUAUCGGCAAGCGGAAGAGGUGAGUAAAGUUCCUGAAAAGGAGCAAAAACCUCUUCCUACUGAGAAAUUAACCACGCAAACUAAGACCACUAAUAUGCAACAGGUAGAAAAGUUGAUCGACUUAUUCAAGCAAAAAAUUAAAGGUGAUAAAGAAAAGCAAAAAGAAAGGCAAACUAAGUUUUUAGAGGAUUUGGAUAAAUUAUUAAAUAAGCGGGGCAUAGAAGGAACCACUGAACCUGUUUUUGACCUAAUAAGCAAGAAUCGGUUUAUUGAAAUUACCGGUGCUAGUGGAAAAGGCAAAUCCUGGCUAUUAAGCCAUUGCUUCAAAAACCUGCAAGGAGUGAAAUUUACCAAUAUGCCCACGCCCCAAGGUUUAUAUACUUUAAACCACGAUACUUUGGAAAUUCAUAUUAGUGAGAUUGAAAAAUAUAACAAAUUGCGGACUAUCGAAGAGACCGCUCAAAGAAAGAAAAAACAGAAGUUUAGCGAAGAGCAGAAGAAAAUCAAACGCUAUAAAUUAAAAACUACUCCCUUAACUUUUUCCGAUUUAAAAGAAUUAGACAAAGAAGAUAAAUGA